UAUAGGUUCUUGUGCAUGGUAACUUUAGUUGAAUUCAGCAUAUCGCUGCAUGGUGCAGCACUAGUUCGGGGACACCAGCUCCAUAAGCGCCUCGUCGUUCAAGGGUCGACCAUGGGUGGAGUGCAAAGCGGAACCCAUACCCUUGGAGAGGCAUUAUGGGUACAAGAGAGGCAACGUCAAAAAUGCCAUCGAGAAGGGGGACGACACGAGGCCAAUUCAGCGCAGUCCACGCAGGACCGCAGGAAGCUCUUGAAACGAACAAGGAGCCUUGCGGUGAUAUCCGAGGACGAAUCUCGACACGAUCGAGAGGCGCAUCACUUCAGGCUCGGGCAAUCGACCUUCGAUUUGCCUAGGAGGCAUCAAUUGAUUCCACGAGCCAAGCUGAUAGAUCGCAAUUCUUUGAAGGAUAGACUCUGCAAGAGUCAACAGCAUCUUUCGGAUUCGUACGAACGAUUCAACGAGGCGAAAUCGUAUCACUCGAGAUCUACUGGCGGCCUUCACUCGAUUCCUUCGGGACUCCCCUCGUUUCCGGAUCCUCUGCAAUACACUCGAGGUAAUCGGACCGAUCCUGAUCGAUUGAAUAUCCUCGACUGGCCCGAAUCACCGAGACGUUACCGCAGUGUGCAGUCGUUGGACACCGUUAGCGAUUUAGUGGACAUUGUCGAAGACGGCUGGCCAAUCGAAGGAAAUCGCAGUAUCGAUUGCAUCUACACUCAGGUGAAACGUAAACGGAAGGAGCACAGGAGCCUGGACAGCAUUCUGUUCGAAGACGAUGGCGAGUUAGAGUACUUCGACGUUCUGAACCUCUUACCUUUAUCGAACGUGCGUUUGGAAUUCGACGAGGAGGACGCGCGUAACAAUAACCUCCGUCAAAGGAACGACCCAAACCUAAAACCACUGGAAUAUCUCGAAUCUCGCGUCGUGGAGGAGAGAUCAUCGACGAGGAGCAACGCUACGGACGAGGAAAAAUGUAAAGAAAGCACCAAGGAAGGGAACAGCCCGCAAGAUAUUGAGGAAUUCGAUUGUCAAAAAGAAGAAACCGGUUCUUUGCGUUUAUUCAGAGAUAAUUUAUCACCACAAAACUCAAAGGAGGAGCUGCGUCACGAAGUUCGAGAGGAUUUCGAGGACGACAGGGACUCGAUAACUUACCUUCGAAACGAAUUCGUAGACCAAAGAUCCGCGUGUUCGAAUAUCAAAGAGAGUAGAUACAGGCUCGAUGACGAGCUGGUGCUAGUAGGAAAGGAACAGAUCGAUCGGAAGGUCGAGGAGGCGGAAGACUAUAAAUCAAUUUGGAUCUCGGACACGGAGGAGCAGGAGGACAUGUCGCGCAGACCACAGGUGCUCAAGGUCAUCGAUAGCGACGUGACCAAGAGGCGACACCGAAGUCUUACCAUCGAAGUUGGUUCCUUUAAGAAGGACGAGCAAAAGAACGAGAAGUUUCAGAGUAAUGGACAAGAUUCAAGCAAUUGUAUCGACCUGGUGCAGUCGAACGGGAAGAUCGACGAGGUUGACGGAGCUCUGAAGAACGUAGAGAGCGUAAACCAGGAAGAACGUGAGGCGAACACGAGCGUGGUGAACGCGAGGAACACUUCCGAGCAGAAAAACUCGCAGAAAGAUGGUAUUAAGGGAAAACAGACGGAAGGUAGAUUCGAGAGGAUCGUCAAAGAGACAUCGAAUAUUAUCGGGAAGGCUUGUAGCGUAGUGAAAGGAAGCUUAGGUUUCGAGGCACGAUCAGAGAGCUCUGAUCUGGGUUUAGGAUCAGAAUCCGGAAGCGACACCAGACGGAGAUCCGUCGACGAUGGCAUCGAUGAGGAUCACGUGUCUAACUGCACAGACAAGGGAUUAUCGUCAAAGGAGAACGAGAGUCAAAAGAUGCAUGGUAAUCUGACAAGAUCGAUCAGCUGCGUGGAUUCGAUCGAGUGUCAACCGGAUGACGAUCAGGAGUUCGAUCAUGUUCGUUACAAGAUCGUCAAGUCGAACAUGUUCGGCAAGAACAUGUACACUAAUGCUCGUAAUGACGUCACGUAUGAGGGAUUGAUCCAAUAUCUGCGAGAAUAUUCCUUCCAGGAGCUUCUGUUGGAUAAUAACGUUGUGAUUAUAGAACCAGUACGCGCGGAAACCAUAGAGCGCAAACCAUCCAACGUUGGAAAGGCGAGAUCAGAGCCAAGCUGUAAGAUAGCAGGAGCUAUACAGAAGAAAACGGACGCAGAGAAUUGCCAGAGAAGUUGCGAGAGUUCAGAUGUCAAUGCUAAAAGCCCGAAACAGUCGUCUAUCAGGAAGCAUUUCUUUUAUCAUCCUAUUAGGGUAAACCGUGAGCUUAUCGAUGAAGAACUACCUGAUCCUGAUACCGUGAAAAACGUGAGACUUAUGUUUGAGAAUACAUUGAAGAUGAAGAAUCCGUCUAAUUCGACGUUCUCGCGGGAUUGUAAGAGCAGGAAGAGUGCUAGUAUGAAGGAUCUGAGUAGCAUUGAUGACAGCCAUUUUGAUGAAAUGUCGGAGAAGGUGGAUGAGGCUACCAGAUGUUCCAGCAGGGCGAAGGAUCUCACGAAACUAUUCGAGAACAUGGAGAAAUCCACAUCUUCGACCGCAUCGGUGGUUGGAUGCAAGGACGAAUUAGACAGUCCCCGUUGUGAGUCGAAAACCAGGAUUCUGGCACAAAGUUUCGAGGCCAGGAGCGGCCACACAUCGCCGAGCGACUCGACUUCCUCCAAGAACAAGAUGAACCGUUACCAUCACCACCAUCAUCACCACAAUAAUUGGGAUGCUGGUAGCGUAAGCUCUGGGGUGUCUAGCGAUUAUCCUGACACUGAUCCCGGAAGCGGAGUGCAGUGUAUUUCCUCGGAAGAUGAGGAAGUCGACUGUCACGAGAACGAUGUGACCGAGUCAAGUGGAUCGAAUCAUUACGUAUCUCCAGACGUUCUUAAAAAGAUUCGCGAAUGUGGCACGUCAGUCACUUACUAUGGCGGCAAGGUGGUAAACUCUAGCAAUGGGCCAUUAAUAUCACCAGUAGUGGAAAAUAGAUUCAAAUGCGUCGAUGGAUCGAACGAUUACGUAAAAUUCAGGCUGAUAAAGAGCAACUCCUGUGACAGCAGAUUCGAACUAACUGGAAGACUCGUGGAGAAUCAUCUGAGGCAUCGAAACAGAGACAGAGCUUCUGAUUUGAGCCAGUAUACGAUAGCCGAGACACCUAGCAUCGAAAUCACCACGUUAGACAAGCAAGAAGAAGAGGAUGAAGAUGGGAAGGUGAGAUCGGAAGAUGAGAAUAAUAGAAUCAAAGAGGUCAAAAGAGAGCCUCCUGUGGUGAUCGGUUUAGAGCCUAAGAAAGAGGAGAACAAGGAGGCGAAGGAUAUUAAGGUGGAUUUUAAACUGGGUGACUUGGAGGAUGCAAAGUCAGAUUACGCUCGCAGAUUCAUCGGCAGUGCUUUAAAUAGGUGGCAGGUCAAUGAGAAUAAUUGGAGAACAGAUGAUUUUGGAAAAAUGGAAUUCGAAGAGUUCGAAGUACUCGAGGAUAGUUUAAAUGGGACUGAGAGCCAACGUUUGGAAACUUCUUGAAGGAAUUGGGUUUUCUGUAAUAUAUUUGGUCCAUUUUGAUAGAGCCAGAGGGAACGUUGCCAAAGUUGUGAGUCGAUAGUUGCGGUAGUACGUCACGGUAGUGAUACUUUGGUAAAAGUUUUUGCGUAUUCUCGAACGAUGUCGCUUUGUAAGAAUUUGAACCGCGUUGUCUUUACCUUCGAAACGACUUCUCGAUCCAUCCGUUCGAGAAUAUCGCGUUAGUCAGUUCAAUUGUUCAGGAGCAUUGUACAGCUGUUAUUCGAGGUUUCUUAGCAACGAGCAACUUGGAUGUUUGAUCAAACACAACGAAAUUUUAUUAUAUUUCGUAUAAUACACAUAAUAAUAUAUUCAUGAAAGAUUUCUACAAGUGUUCGAAUACUUUCGUGAGCUACUGUAUAUUAAAGUCGAUGGUUAUAGAAUUGUAACGAUCUUGUCUAUUUACUGAAUUUGAUUUUGAUCGAAGGAUUGAAGCAAGUGUACAUAAGGAAGUGAAGAACGUUCUGAAUCAGUUUAUUUGUUAAAUUGUUAUUUACCUUGUUCUAGGCUAAAUAAAUAUCCGUUUACAAAUA